UACGAUAAAAAAUUUAUACACAAGACGAAAUGGACGUAAGAGAGAAUUUUUCAGUACUUUUGGAUUUAUUUAUUAUAAUAAUUGUAUUAUUGAGCAUCUUUAAUAAUGCAGUUAGAGGCUGUGCUGAUUGAUUUGAGGGAUAAAAUUCCUUGCUUGCAACACAUUCUUCGUCCGGAAUAUGCUCCAUACUUAACCACAGUUGCAACAGCGUUAAUAGGAUGGCUGUUUAUAUCCUGGAUACUUCGUGUGUUUUCAGUAAUGUGGAUGUUGUUUAUUCCUUUAAUAAUGAGCACCAUCGCUUCAAUAUUAAUAUAUCCAACAAUAGGCAAAUGGUGUUUUCAGCAAUUGGAAAUAAAUUUAGAAAAAAUAAUAAAUAAUUUCGUCCAUUGA